UAAAUACAGAGUGUAAAUUCCUCUAAAACUUUGUCUGAAAUAUAUAAUUACACAGUUGUUGUUUUUUUACCAUUCAUGCUACCCAUAAAUUCUCUAGUAGUAACAGCAUUUAUUUAUAAAUAUCCAUAAAUGAAAAAUCCAACUUAAACGUCUGUUGAUGCCAAACUCGUUUGCUACUUUGGCUUUGCCGCAUGUUUGUCAAAGACCUUUCGUACUCGGAAAAGAAAACAGUCUAACCUAGUUUUACCACCUGUUCUUCUGUUUGCACAUACUCCGACGGACUUUGCUUUACUCUGACUUGACAGUGGUUAGUAAAAUUAUUACCUACAACACCGUUGAUGUUGAAUUUUAUUUUAUGCGCUGCACAGAUUUUCUUGUGCGCUGAGAAUAUUCGAGCAGCGCACGUGCGCAGCUUAGAGGGAACACUGGCUCAGAAACUGGAAAGGAAUUUUUCAUGGAAACGAGAGCAAUCUGGCAAGAGUCAAGGGAGUGGAGCUGAAUAUACUUUAUAGGCGGAAGCAGAUUGAAGGAGCAAAGGCAGGAGCUGAUUAAAGGAGCAAAGGCAGGAGCUGAUUAAAGGAGCAAAGGCGCAAGGAACAAACGGGGACAGAAUUUCAUGAAAGAGCGGUGAUCCAAUUCAUCAGGAGACACCGCUGUGCAUUAGAAGAAGGUUUGACAUCCGGACCCUCCAGUCCAGUCUGUGAUCCCCUCAGAUGCUCCUUAUGGUCAGGCGUACACCUACACCUCCAUUCAGUUGUUGACUACAGAAUUAUGACAGUGUCACCAUGUCAGUGGAUGAGUACAGACUGGCUCCACUCCUGCUGACCCAUGACCUCACUCUUGCCUGCACUCAAUGCGCUGUCCAGCUGAAGGAAAUAACAUAUAGACUAAAACCAGUCCAGCACCAGUGUACAAAUGAUCUUCUUCUCUGCAAAACCAGAGGUGGAAGCAGCUGGAGACCUGUUUCCAGACGACCCACAUUUCGACGCCCGAGUCGCUAUGUGGUGUGUGACUUCUUUGUAGAAGGUUAUGGCUGCACGAGCCACAAGAACCGAUGCACAUUUGCCAGAAGUGAUGAGGAGGCAGCGGUUUGGAACUUUGAGAAGCUUCACAGAUUAAACUAUGACCUCAUUUGUCAUCUUUUAGCCAAGAGUGACACAGAAUCAGACUCUGAGGAGUCAGAAGAAUCAGGGUCCAAUGACUCUGAUAUUCUCAGUGACCUCUUUUCGAAGCUGGAUUUAAAGAUAGCCUGUGAUCUGUGCUCUGUCAGGGAAAAUGAAAUAACGUAUAGUGUGAAGCCAGUCAGGCACAAAUGCAGAAGAAACGUGGUUCUAGCCAAAAGCAAAGCCGGUGACAAAUACAGACCUGUGUCACAGAGGCCAGUGUGUAGGAAUUUUGGCCCAAAUGUCUUUUAUCAGUUGUGCUACUACUUUGUUGAGGGUUCUGGUUGUACAGUGCAUGGUCAGAACUGCACUUUUGCCAGAAGUCACGAAGAGGCCACUGUUUGGAACUAUAUCAGAGACGAGGAUAUAGAGUAUGACGAGCUGGUCAGUCUUGUCAUCCAGGCAGAGGUGAAUUCAUCAACUCCACAACAUGCAGCUAAACUCUUACUGCAGCAGUUCCCCGGUGAAUUUGUUGAGUUCUGCAAACACUGCUUUCAGUGUCAACCUCACAAACUGUCAACCAAACGCUGGAAUGAGACGUGUUCAGCAGACCAGGCUCAUGAAUGGGACGCAGUCUUAGUUCAUCACUCUUUAGACAGCAGUGGAAUACACACAUAUAACCACAUACGCCCCGUACCCAAUAACUGUGAGUUAAAGUACUGCAGCCAUGUCAGGGAAACCAAGCCCUGCUGGCACCAGGCUGGUCACUGCCGCUCCGCCCAGAGUCAGGUGGAGAUGGAAGUGUGGAAAGCUGAACAAGAUGGUCUCUCCAUCCGACCCCAUCUUCUUCAGUUUAGCCAAUCAAAGUCAACUGAUACCAAACAGGACUCGUGGUUUUGUAAGAUCUGCCUGGUGGCGCUGUCCUCCCCAGAGAUGUUUUACCAACACUGCUCCUCUGUGGAGCACGCACAGAGGCUGUCGGACGACACCACCUCCGAGUGGAGAGGACGCCAACCACCACACAACCGACGGGCUGAGUUCUGGCUGUGUGAAAGACCACAAUCCUGUGAAAUUGGUCCCAAAUGUCCAAGGGCUCAUUCAGUGGAGGAACUGCAGGAGUGGAUGAUGCGUGUGAGAGAAGAGAAGACGCUGGGACCUAAGACUAAGGCCCUGGUCUCUGUGUCCUACAGUGAACAGCUGUUAGAGGAGUACAGGAAGAGCAGAACUGGGGGCUGUGUUAUGUCUGAACACGUGAAUGAUGUCAGCAUCUCUUGUGACGAAGAAUUAGCGGUGGUGUGUGAACAGACCGGUGUGACACUGAAGUGGAACUUCACGGUGGAAACAGAGAGACACCUGGUGCACGUGGCACUGCUGAAACAAGAACCAGGAGCCUUGUUCUCUCUGGGUGACCCUGGUACAGUCGCCUGCACCUACUCUUCGGGUAAAUUCUUCAUCAGGGGAGACGGUAGCUAUGAUGUCACAGUGUGGUUCACUUCCACUAACCCAGGCUUAUAUGAACAGUGGUUAGUGCUUGAUUUUGAUAUGAGACCAGUGCUGUUAAAGAAACUCACAGUACGAGUGGCUCAGCCGUCACUAGAGAAAACUGAAGAACCGACAGUGGACCUCAAAGUGUCCUUUCCACACGUUGAGCGCUGGCAUCCUGGGAACAGAACAAUCAUCCCAUACAUGCCCAGAACACAGGAACUGGAAAAGCUGUUAAAUCUGUACCAGCCACCUGAGGAGAGCUUUCAGUAUUCAUACUCGCAGAAGAUCUCAACACCUCUGACUAAAGACAACUACAAGGAGAGAAUGCACCAGUUCCUUUAUGAAGAGGAACAAGCAGAGAACAACGUUGUUUCAAGACUGAAUGUUCGUGGAGAGGUGACAACCUGUACCAUGACGGAAAUUCCUCCAGGAGAGUUAAUUUGCACCGUCUCCGUCCCAUUCACUUUGACACCAGACACUGCAGAGGGAGUUGUUCUGAGUCAGAGCAUCCGGUCUGCACUCAUAGCCCCAACAACUGCAGGUGAUGAAAAGUCUCAGGUCUACGAAGCCAGCAUUCUGCCGAAUCGAACAAAAGAGAACCAACUGUGUUUACUGCUCUCUACAAAAUGUUGCACUGACUUAAAGCUGAAAAGCAGUGAAUCGUACCAGAUGGAGGUGCAGUUCCAGCUGAACAGACAAAGGUACUGCACUUUGCACCAGGCAGUCGACCGUCUUCCUGACACAAACAGAGUGUUACCAGACUUGAAGAACUCAACAGUUCCUGUGAGCGGUGUCAUCUAUGGCCAACUCAAUGCGAAGCAGAAGUUAGCAGCGCAGUUCAUCACAGGAGAGGCUAAUGAGCAAAAACAUGUGGCACCGCUUCUGAUUUAUGGUCCGUUUGGAACUGGGAAAACAUUCACUCUUGCUACUGCAGCGAGAGAGCUCUCCAGACAGCCCCACAACAGAGUGCUAAUUUGCACACACACCAACAGUUCUGCAGACCUGUACAUAAAAAAUCACUUCCAUCCAUUUUCUGACAACAAUGAUAACGGGAUGAGGCCAAUUCGUGUAAAAGCAAACAAUCAAGGGAAUGCAUUGUUUGCCACAGACAAGAUCACUUUGCAGUACUGUUUACUUUCAAAGGACGGGCAGAGAUUUCUGCUCCCCACAAAGGCGGUCCUUGAUCGGCACAGGAUAGUUGUGACCACUGCAUCGAUGGCCAAACGUUUCCAUGACCUGGAGCUGGGAGAAGGAUAUUUUACCCACAUACUAAUUGAUGAAGCUUCCCAAAUGCUGGAGUGUGAAGCUCUGAUUGCCCUGGGCCUGGCUGGGCCACGCACCAGAGUUGUUCUAGCAGGAGAUCACAUGCAGAUGGUGCCAAGACUUCAUUCAGUGGAUGAAAACCAACGUGCAAAUCACACACUCCUCAAUCGCUUGUUCUACCAUUAUCAAGGCCAACAGUGUGAUGCUGCCCGGGCCAGCAGAGUCAUUUUCAAUGAAAACUAUCGCUCAACAAAAGAAAUAGUGGAGUUUGUAUCCAUGCAUUUCUACGUUGGCAAGAAUGACAUCAUUAAAGCGACAGGAAAUGUUCCAGCACCAGCAGAUGGACAUGCCAUAAAGUUUUAUCACGUGAGGGGGACGUGUCGCCUGGACACUGUAUCCAUGUCUUGGUAUAAUGAUGAAGAGGUUGCCACAGUUGCCCAGUCAGUAAUAGAGGUCCUUAACAACUGGCCAUUGACCUGGGGACCAAAGGAACAAAGCUCCAUCUGUGUUCUCUCAGAAGGAUAUCAGGUGAAGAAAAUUAGAAGAGCACUAUCAAAAAGAAACCUUGAUAAAGUCCAUGUUGAGAAUCUAGCAAAUGUCCAAGGAAAACAGUUCCGGGUCAUCAUAAUGACAGCUGUCCAAACUCGUGAUAGCCUACAGGCAACUCACGUACCUGGUCUGGAGCUGUUCAAUGACACUCAUGUGUUAAACACAGCAAUGACCAGGGCUCAGUCCCAGGUGGUGGUGGUUGGUGAUGCUGCUGCCCUCUGCUGCUCUGGAAAAUGCUCAGGAAUGUGGAAAAGUUACUUGGACCACUGCUUCAACAACAGCAGUGUUGCACCACAGCACGUCACCAAGGAUUUCUUUGAAAAAGAUCUGAUGGAAGUCGUACGGUUUCAAAAGUCUGAACAUAAAGAUGAGAGCAGCACAUUGACCGAUGCAAUUCUCCAAGAGGUGAAAGAUGAGUAUGAGCCACUGGAAAAACUCUGUACUUCUGAGCAUGUCAGUUUGAAAUUGGACAGCCACGGCGACAGUGACUCGGAAUCAACGGACACUGACACUGACCCAUCACGGUCUCAGUACAUACAUGAGCAACAACAACUGGGAAGUCAGUCAUAUAACAGAGGUCAUGGAAAACCCUUACAUGACCGUGAGACAGGAUCAUUCGGUCAAAUUAUUUGUCUGUUUGAAGAAGAGGAUUACUGCAGACAAAAGACAACAGUCCAAGGUAAAUAUUUCAGGAGGUUGAUGAUUCCACUGUCGAAAUACAAGACCAAAAUAAUAAUACUGAUCAGUAAGGAAAAACGUACUCUUCUUCCCAUAUGGGAGAAAACAUAUGGCCGAUGGAAUAUUGCCGAAUAUCUACGUCUUGACCAAAACCUAAUGAAGAACCAUGCAUUCCUCGUAGAGAUAUUGAAGUGGAAAGAAGGCUGUUUAUUCCCUUUAGGGAAUGUAGUUGAUAUCCUCCCACUGAGGGGCACAGGGGAAGCUGGUCUGGCAGUACUCAAAGCAGAAUUCCAACUGUCUAAACACUUGCGGCCGUCAUAUGAUGACUUUGUUACCAUGGAGGAAGAGACGCUUCUUAGACAUGACAUGGUUACGGUGAAAACUUUUACUGUUGAUGAAGAUCAUGCACUAGUCCUGGAUGAUGCCAUCAGUGUUAGAGACACUGGAGAACACUUUGAGCUUGGCGUCCACAUUGCAGAUGUGGCUAGCUUCGUCAGAAAAGGUAGUAAAUUAGACAAGGAUGCCAAACAUCAUGCAGUGACAUUUGAACAAGAUGAUACAAGAAUGCACACAAUCAGAACAAAUCUGUGCAUAGAAUAUCUCAGUCUUUUGCCUAAGAAAAAACGCAGAGUAAUUUCCCUACUCUUCACACUUGACAAACAAACACUUGAGAUCCUCGAAGACCCAAAGUUCAAACUCUCGCAAAUCAGGUCUAACAAAAAGUUCUCUUAUAAAGAGGCAGAGGAUAUUAUAAACUCUAAAAGCUGUGGCAGAAGGUCCAACUUUGGCACCAGAAAAGCUGAAGACUGUCUGAACCUGGCCUAUUGUUUUGCCAAAGCUCAACGAAAGAAUAGACUUGAGGAUUGGGCCUAUUCUCAACCUGACACCAAACGUUGUCCUGGAAAACGUCAAGCCCAUCUGAUGAUUGAGGAGCUGAAUGUGCUGUUCAACAUAUAUGCAUCCAAGUAUUUGACACAAGUAGGAAAAACAAUGGACUGCACACCACUUCGCUGUCAAGCCCAACCAAACCCUACAAAAAUUCAAGAGUUCCAGGGCGAUUAUGGUAAAGUCAUACCUCUGUCGUUUCAGGUGCGACAUAGAGUUGAGCAGAAUGAAGACGACCUGCCCUGGGAAAACUUCAGAAUAAUCUCAGAGGUUUGGAAAGAUAUCAAGGAAGCUGCCAGAGCAAAUGAUAUUGCCAACCUAGUAGACGUGGUUGCGACCGACGACAUCCACCCUUUACUUAGGCCGGUGGUUGAUGGUUUCAGAAGGUGUUUAAAUAAAGCAGAGGUUGUCUGUUCCAACCCCUUUCCUCCAGCAGAUUUGAGCCAUUAUUGUCUGAAUGUACCAUCUUACACACAGGCAUCUGCACCAAUGCGUCACUACCUGGACAUCGUCGUGCAGAGACUCCUGCACAAUGUCAUAUGUGAUACUAAUGUGCAGUACACACAUUCAGAGAUUACGAGUUUGUGUGACAAACUAGAAGACAACAUCAAAAAAGUCUCAGAGUAUAAUCAGAGGGCUGAGCAGAUUAAACAUGCGCUGACUUUGACGAGACAAAGUGUCCCAAAACUUGCCUUCGUGGUUAACGCGAGUCCUAAAGAAAAUGGAUUCAUAGUGUCAUUUCCUGUCAUCAGUGACGUCUUCCCAGAGACAUUUUUCAUCAUGUACAAAGAUUUACAACUUCACGACCAGCCGUUUGAUGAAACGAGUCCUUUCGUCACUCUCAGAUGGAAACAGCGGAUCUAUGAUGCAAAAACAAUGCAAAUCUACCAGGACCUACAGCCAGACUCUGGUCCCUGCGUUGAACUUCCACUGACUCAAUGGAAAGCUAUCAUAAAGGCAAUCGAUGAUGAAGAUUGGGCUCUUGUGAUGUCAAUGGUGAGCCAGGCCAGUGUCCAGCAGAUGGAACACCAACCUGUCUUACAGUCAUCAGAGGACACCCCAGAAACUGAACAUUACCUUUCCAUCGUCCUGAACUUGAAUCCCGGAGACAUUUUUCAGAUUCAAAUGAGCUCGGAGCUCAGAAGAGGUUACCAAACACCCUGUGUGCAGUUGAUUCACAUUAAUCCAAACUUUGACAUUUGUGUGGACCAUGUGCACAACCCGGUCAAGUGUUUUUCCACACCUGCAGAUCACCAUGCAAAGUAUCGGUACAAGGAUGCCAUGGAGUAUGAGCAGAUCUGGUUACCUCUGUGUGAGAUGGAAUCUGCCACCACUGCAGUGGGGGAGAGCGACAGCAUCAUCAUUAAGAACCUCGUGGUAAACUUCAAAAAAGAGUCUGAAAACAGACUCUCAGGCAGCUUUGUCUUACCUGAGGAAUGUAUUGAGAAGUGGGCGAUCGAAUGCAACCUUUCCAGGUGCCUACUUUGCAUAAGAAAGAAAGGGCUGAUGAUGCCGUCAGGAGGGGAAGGUUUGAAACACUGGACGGCUGUAGAUCCUCGAGAGUUCACAUGGGUGGCCCAUGCUGUCACAGUCUGUAUGGAGAAAAUGAAAAACUUGAGUAAGGAACAACAUAAAGUGCUGUUUAAUGUCUAUCACCGGCCAAUGGAAACGCCUGAGUGUGUCUUGAAGAAAGGCCAGUGUUUCGAUGUAGAAAUAAUCCCAAAGCUCAUUCCUGGCAUUCGGGCAGAAGAGGCCGUGGUCAACGUUAAGUGUGCGUGUAAUCUUGUCAAGUCAAUCGCACUUGGGGGAACGAUUCCAAAAAGCGCGCCACAUCCCAUGAUGAGAAUUCAUCCUGAAGGAUUUCCAGAUCUUAAUGAUCGUCAGCACCUUGCAGUGCUAAAAGCAUCUGAGAACUCAUUUACUCUCAUCCAGGGACCACCUGGGACUGGAAAGACCAUUGUUGGUGCAUACUUAGUGAUUUAUUUGUUCGAGCUGAAUUCCCUAAUUAGAUGGACACCUGAAGAUAAUGAUACAAACAAGAAAGAAGUGAUUCUCUACUGCGGUCCAUCCAACAAGUCUGUGGAUGUUGUUGCAAUACUUCUGCUGAAGGCUAAGGCUAAGGCUAAGAAGAAGAGCCCGGAGCUUCUCAGAGUUUGCGGCCAACAGUUGGAAAUGCUCGAUUAUCCCUGUCCAGACGGUGGCCUUCAGUUUUCACAAAGAAUGCUCAACCAGGAUCGGCCCAACCCAGAGCUCAGGAGCAUCACUCUGCAUCAUCGCAUGCGAAUGGACCAAAAUCCUUUUUCCAAUGAAAUAAUACAUUAUGACAAAAUGAUUGAAGAAAAAAAGACUUUGACGAAAUCAGAGUUGAGAGGAUACAAAGAACUUCUCAAAAAAGCUCGAGUAUAUGAGCUUCAACGACAUGACAUCAUAUUGUGCACCUGCACACAGUCCUCCAGCCCAAGCUUGAAGACGACAGUUAAUGCACGUCAGAUUAUCAUCGAUGAAAGUGCGAUGGCUACGGAGCCGCAGACCCUGAUUCCACUGGUGUCGAACAAACCAGAGAGGGUCAUUUUGAUCGGUGACCACAAGCAGUUACGCCCCAUUGUUAAGAAUGUUUAUGUGAAGAAGCUGGGGAUGGGCAAGUCUCUGUUUGAACGCUACCAUUCACUGCUGGAGAAGCAGACGGUGAUGCUCAACGUCCAGUACAGAAUGCAUCCUGAAAUACGUAGCUUCCCAUCAGAAGAAUUCUAUAAUAAUGAACUGAUUGAUGGAGUGAUGCAGCCCAGCAGUGUUCUACGAGUCGAAGGAAGGACAAUGCCAAUUGUUUUUGGGGAUGUGAAAGGAAAGACCAUCAGACUGGUUGUCAGCACUGCCAAAGGAAACCAGGAGUCCAAAAAAAACAUGAAGGAGAGAAGAAAAGUGAUCAGCAUCGCACUAAAGCUGGUGAAAAAUGCCAAAAUAGAACAGCGGAAUAUUGCAAUUCUGUCGCCCUACAAUGCACAGGUUUCAGAAAUAAAAGAAAAGAUGAAAGAAGAGGGCCUGAAUGACAUCACUGUUACCACAUUCACAAAGAGCCAAGGAAGUGAAUGGCGUUACGUCAUCAUAUCAACAGUGUGCUCUCUGCCAAGUGAGGAGAUCCCAAUAGACCGAGACAGACAAUGGAUGUCCAAACAUCUAGGCUUUGUGGGUGAUCCUAACCAGAUAAAUGUGGGCAUCACCAGAGCCAAAGAGGGGCUGUGCAUCAUCGGGAACCAGGAGUUGCUGAGAUGCAGCAGAAUCUGGGAAAGACUGCUGCAGCACUACACCGCAUGUAAUGCUAUAGUAGAUGUUGACAAGAUUUCAGCGAAACGGCCCAACAACUAAUUUGACUUCAUGGUGUCGUCGGUUCUAAACUGUGAUACAGCAGCAGUACAUGUUCUUUCCCAGAACUGUUUCUUCUGAAGGACUUGUCUAUAACUUUGUUCCCUGUCCAAGGAUUUUAUUGAGAGUUUUGAUUUUCCAUGUUGUUCUUAACAGCCACAGGUUUGGUCUCAGUGACGUAUAUGCUGAAUGUGUUUCUCUUUGAUAUUUCUAUGUAUAAAUUACAAAAUAUACAGUACGUUACAUACUUUGUAUGACUUCUUAUAACUCGCUGUAUGUUUAUUACUGUUAAUUACGGAUAAUUACCUGGUGUAUUCUUUGUGGUCUGUGUACUCAUUUGCAUUUUCUCUGCAGAAUUAUUUGUACAGUAAAAUUCACACAUCCAAAGUGCAGUCCUUGUGAGCAUUACAGUCACGUUAGGAUGGAGUGUGCUUGAAUGAGAACUGUUGUGCAAUUAAAUGGUUUUUCUCUAA